CCUCCCGCGCGCGUGCGGGACGGAGGGAGGAGCGACGCCCGCUCGCUUCGGCUCGCCGACGGUAGCCGCCGGAGCAGAGCGUCAAAAAUCGGCCUGGCCUCUCGGUGGCCUGCUGGCUGCUGCGUUGCGUGUGUUGUGUUGUGCUGGUGGGGGGUGCUGGCGCGCGCGCGCGCGCUAGGAAGUCGCCUGUGCGCGUUUGGCUUCUCGAAGGGUGCCGUGCGGGUGCCCGCGAUCUUCCCGCGGGCGGCGGUGCGGUUAUUUUGUGUGUGUGCUCGGCGUGCGCCGCCGAAAACCGAUGUGUGCGUGUGGCCCGGAAUGCGGAAUCCCAGCGGCUGCGACCAUGCCCUGCUGCUGACUUCCUCGGCGGCGGCGGGAUCGAGCCAGUGAGGAGAGCGAUCGAGAGAUUUCUCGUCUACGGUCCCCGACCGCGGGGCUGCGGCGAGCGUUCGUAUUGAAGAGCUCAGAACUGCCGGUACCAGCUGCGACCGGGGCAGACUCGGCAGUGAUCGAGGCACUGGAAAGAGGGAGCGGCGAAUUUGCACAAGGGGUCUGCGGAGAGGAAAUAAAAGAAAAAGGUGCUGACGUCACGCCUCCACCAUAUACGCGAAAGUGGCGUCCGCUCAGGGAGUUGUCCAGCGUCCACCACUGGCUCCGGUCUUCGGAUUAAAUCGGCGUCCCCCGACAUGCCUCCGCGACGGAUUGGUCUUAGCGGAGCCUUGAGUCGUGGAACCGGGAGCCAUGAGCGAGCGCGCGGCCGGAGACAGUCCUGAGGAAGGCCACUUCCUCCUCUUCCUCGGGCGCCUGCCCAUCCUUCCUACGGUCCAACAACACCAGCACUCUUGCGCUGCACUGACCUUCUAGCCUACGUCACUAAAGCACGUCACUUCCGCCAGCCGUGUCCUGUCGGUUCUUCGUUUCCCGGACCAACCGUUGUCGUGGAAUCACUUCUGUCGUCUGGUCGUCUUGUGGUUUGUUGCCGAACUCGUUUAAGACCCCCAUCCGGAUCUUCGUCGGGUCGCAAUUUUUACCUACGGUGUGUGUAUGUGCGUGUGUGCGUGACGUCAUCGCUGAGGCGCGCACGUGACCCUGAACGUCCUGACAGCGUCGUUGUCACGUGACCAACCAAGCCCAUUUAUUGCCUGUCGUCUGCAGCCCCUGGUCGUUGGUGUUCAUCAUCGAGUUGUCACAGUCCGCGAACGCGUCGUCUGCGACUUUGCCGGAUCCUCGUUGAAGUCGCCGCUCAACUUUACCUACCGAUUGUAUCGCACGCACUUCUGCUGUUCUGUCCAUCUACGUCAGGUGUCUUGGCUCUCACGUUGUGCGAAAAGAAAAGCGCGCUCAUCGUGUUCACCUACGACCGGCCCUUUCUACGCUCUUUCAUCGCCUCAAGACUGUUGCAUCGCUCACUGGCAAUACUGGAAACGUUUUUUCGAAUCAAAUAUCGUUGUCUUACAAUUGCGCCGUGAAAGUGUAAGCUCUCACUUUAGAGCGAACGCAGACUUUCAAGGCCUAAAGAUCAUCUCGUCUGUCGAUAGUCGUUGAGCAUCACCUUCGAGUGUCUCCUAAACGUUUUAGCGUCAUCAGGGUUUUAAUACGUAACCGAGCUCUGUUGCAUCACUUGUCCGUCUUGUCAAUAAUACAUCGUAGAGCUGUUGUCUCCUAGCAUUGACGUCAUUUCUAUGCUAGUCCGCUGUGAGAAAUACGGAGCACAUACUUGAGUGCGCUUGUCGCGAGUGGGCCAGUUGUCGGUGUUUGCAGACUGAAUCGAAGUGCAGUUUUCCCGGAAUUUUUUUUCUUUCACUUAUUUAUGUUUACAAUAACGUGUUUGUCGUGCGUUUAAACACCUGCACCAACAUCUCCAUCGCCUUCUACUGAAACAAUCGCCGCGGGUCAAGCCUCUGCGUCAUUGUCGGCCGCCUGAAAUUGACCUUGAGUGUGGCAGCAUCUCUGAACUCGUUCCCAAGCGUUGUCGAACGCAUCCUGAAGGCUCAACUUGCCCACCGCGCACCUUGAACAGAACCCCGGGGCACAGUUCAGACGACUCACCUGUGACUGGCGAAACCUCUGCGUUUAUCCAUAGCCAAGCAACACUUGAUCUAUAUGAAAGACUGUCCUCGGUGUCGUCUCAUAAAGAGUUUCCCGGGUUUCGUCUGUUCAUAGUUAUCCGUGAAACAUCCAGUGUGUAGGAACUCGCCUGAGAACACUUCAAAGUGAACGCGCUACCAGAAGUGCGCAGAUUACAAGGUUGUGAACAAAACUGAGAGACCGCGGGUGACAUAACCGCCUCGCAGUGGUCUUCGAGACACUACUCGCAUCGCUACGUACUUCAUCGUACCUGUCUAUAGUUUUUGUCGCGUUAAGAUUCCGCUCACGUAAGUGAAUUCAGCGUAAGAAAGCGGAAACUCAGGUUGAUCAUUUCGAGAUCGCUCUUACACCCCUUGGCUUCGGCUGCAAGCCGUGAUAAUCAUCGAAACAAUUUCUUUUCCUUACCGAAAAACCUGGGGGACGUCGUGUUGCUAGCACAAAUGAAAAUCAGCAACCCGGGAAUCACGCUCCUAUUUGGAAAAGCGCGAAUUGAGAUUCGCAAUUUCUUCGGCCAAAAGAACGCUUGGGCCAAGCUUCUGGUACGUCACAACUAAGAGAAGUUCUAGAUUAAGCAAGCAACCUCAGCCAGGUCCCAACGCGCGAGUCUGAGCGUCGGUCGUCUUUAAAAGCAGACUCGUCGGAAUAAUCGACCCAAACGUCGAGUUAGCCGAGUCCGCACGUCGACUUCGCAGAGCGUUUCGACUGCAGGUCAGAAAUAAGCGCUUUAGGCAGAGGAAAAACAACCUGUUCCUGACGCUCAAGCUUCCUCGAACUGUCGCGUCGAAUCGACCCGGAGGAGUCGUCCUAAGAAGAGAUCAAGAGUCGAUGCGCUGGACUCUGUCUUACCGUGCGCUGUGACCCCUUCUGUCGAUCUCCUCAUCCACCCCCAUCUCCAAGAAGUGACGUGUCACGGAGCCGCGCCGCCUACCGAACUACGCCGGAGUGUCGUGUCGAGUCAGUGGUCGGAUUCGCCUGCUAGCGCAUCGUCGCCACCGGCGGCAUGAUUCCCUACUCGACAUGCAUGCGAUUCGCGUCCCGGGACCGUCGCCAACGCAACGCUACGCAGUGGACCGUCUGCAGGAGCCAGAUCGGGCAGCCGGGAUCCACAGUGGUACUCGAGACCGACGAUCACGGCGUAGUCCACGUGAAAGUUGUCGAAUGCAGCGAGGAAGACGCGACGCAAGCCGCCCUCAAACGUCCGGCCACCCUGAGCCAGUCGGAGUACAACCUUCUACAAGCGCUGGACAUCGGCAUUGACCGCCCCCUCACCACGACGCCAUUUUUGACGCUCUACCGGAGACGCGAACGGCAACCUGUGCUUCAGCCCUGGAGUCACCUGAUGAAUAAUCUGGAUGACUCCUACCAUGGCGUAUCCGAGCGUCUGCUGGCGCGAGUGGACCAAUGGGCGUUCAACACCUUUGCCCUGGACGCGUGUUCGGGUGGGCGCUCCAUGCCCCUCCUUUGUGUGCACCUGUUCCACGAGUACGGCUUCCUCAGUACCUUCAACCUGGACGCCGUGCGCGUCUGGCACUGCUUCAACUUGAUUGACGACGGUUACCAUAGCAACAACCCGUACCACAACUCCGUGCACGCAGCUGACGUCACCCAAGCCAUGCACUGUUUCCUCUUAGAAGACAAGAUCCGCGAGCACAUGAACCCCGUGGAGGCGAUGGCGUCGCUCAUUGCGGCCGUCACCCACGACCUGGACCACCCGGGGGUCAACCAACCGUUCCUUAUCGCUACCUCCAACCACCUGGCUGCACUAUACAACAAUUUCUCGGUGCUAGAGAACCACCACUGGCGCUCUGCCGUGUCCUGCCUGCGUCAGUCUGGGAUUUUCGAUCACCUGCCCACUUCUGUAUGGGAUGAAAUUGAAGAACAAAUUCGAAGCCUCAUCCUGGCAACGGACAUCACUCGGCAGCAGGAGUUCCUGUCCAGGUUCAAGCGAUACUUGGAGAACAACGUGCUCGACAUGGCAGACAAAGAAUACCGUCACUUCAUUCUCCAGAUUGCUCUGAAGUGCGCCGACUUGGGAAACCCCUGCCGUCCCUGGGAUAUCAGCCACCGGUGGAGCCUGCAAGUCUGCAAAGAGUUCUACAGGCAAGGUGACUUUGAGAAACGGCUGAACAUCCCAGUCACGCCAAUCUGUGACAGAGAGAGGACUACGGUAGCCAAGAUACAAGCCGACUUCUUCAAGUUCGUGGUGAGCCCGCUGUUCGAGAUCUGGGACCAGUUCCUGGACACGCCGCUGUCGCGCGAGCUGCUGCGCAACCUGUGGCUCAACCACGUCCAGUGGGAGAAGAAGGUGGCCGCGGCCGACGACUCGACCACGGCCGCGUCGGCGUCCUUCGAGACGGACCUCAACGCUCCGCUUGCUUCGGAGGAGGACGAGGGCGACCUGCUCGACUUCGACGACGACGACGAAGACGACGAAGAGCUGCCGCCGCUGCUGCGGCGCCGCAGCGCCACGGUGGCCCGCUACUCCUGGAUGGAAGAGACGUUGAGGUCGAGCGCUUGGGGCCGCCGACACAGCAUGCCGCUCAGCCUGCCCAAGCUGCCCUCGCGGACCGUCAUCCGGCGCCGAAGGCAGUCGCUGCCCCUCGCGGUGGCCAAGGGAGUCGCCGUCGCGGCAGCAACGGGAGGCCUGCAGCCGCCGGAGGAGAGGCCCUCGUCGCCGGCGCUGUCGGCCGAGAACUUGCAACCGACGACGAGCCUGCUGUCGCUGUCGAGCACGCAGGAAGGGGCGCCCAUCAGCACGGUGCUCCAGAGGGUGUCGCGAGAGAGCGAGCGCCGCUUCCUCGUGCACCAACCCAUCUCGUACCCGCCGUACCGCAGGACCUCGGAGCCCUUCGUGGCGACGCCCUCGAAGCGCGCCUUCCCGCGUCGAUCCGAGUCCGUGUUCGCCUUCUCGUCUUCCAUGGAGGUUGAGCUGGGCGACGGCAAGGAAGGCCACAGCGGCGACGAGGUUGAGGAAGCGGAGCAGACGGAAGAACAGACGACAGGGAAGACGAAAGAGCAGACGGCAGAGCAGGAGAAGGAGCAGACGGCGACGGAAGGAAUAGAUGGCGAGAAGACGGCGAAGACUACGGCUGCGGAGGAGGAGCAGGGCGAACGGGAAGCAGUCGCUGCGGAGGAGCACGCUCAAGAGGCUGACUCGCCGGACCGGGAAGACUCCUCGAGCUCAAAGACUUGCGAGAACGGCUGCGGAACGCCCUCGCCCCCGCCCUCUGCCGUGACGUCUCCCGCCGGAAGUGACGCGACGCGAGCGAACCCUGGUGCUGGGGGCUCACCUGCCGCGGUGCGGGAACGCGGGAAGGGCUCACCGUCGUCGGGCGACUUGACGUCGGGGAGUUCGCGGGCGAAGCCGCCUGCUCAAACGAAGCGAGCUCGCCUGCAGCGCACACCGGCGCAACUCGCCAACCGGCCGCGCGCGCCACCAUCCGUCGUUCCCACCGCGUCGUCACCCAAGGCCACAUUCACCAUCGAGCCCCCGCCCAAUGAGGGCACUUCCUUCGGCCAGAAGUCCAAGGGCCUGGGGACAACCACGUCGCUGGAAAACGAGGAGGCGCCGAUGCCGUCGUGGUCGCACCGCUUCAGCCUGACCAACGAGCGGGAGGCGCACCAGAUAGAGUUCGACCACCCGCCCGAGGCCUCGUGGAGAAACUGCGCCAGGAACAACCGGAGGAGUUCGGCACCGACGGCCCUGGGCCUAGAGCGACAGGUGUCCUUCCUGGACGACCCCGCGAGAGUGGCCGGGACCGUUUCCGAGACGGGAAGCGCUCUUCCCGCUUGCGGCCUGGUCGGCGCGCUGCCGCGCCGCUCUUCCAUGCCGUCCGAGCAGCAGCUCGUUCACGGAGAGCUGAGUCGCUCGGAGCUGGUCAGGCUCGCCGCGGUGGCGGCGGCGGCCGCACCGACCGCGGCGGCGGCGUUGGCGCGUCGCCCCGUGCAGCGCGAGCUGAUCCGGCGCCACAGCAUCGGGUUCCUCGAGCCCGUGGCACCGUCGUCGGAGUCCGAGGGCGGGUCGUGCGCCACCUCCACGGCGUGCAGCACGCGCCGCGGAAGCUGCGCGCCGCCCCCGCCGCCGCACCAGCACCCGCGCCGGAGGCACUCCAGCAUCAGCUCCAGGGACGAGGACGAGACACGCGACCUGUUUCUGCCUUUCGUCCCGGCGCCUGCUGCCGCGUCGCCUGGAUCGCUCAGACGACGUCGAGGGUCGCUGCCAGCUGACGUGCCUCUGCCACUCAUGGUGUGCGCUGCGGAGAAACCACAGCAGCAGGGGAGUCGAAGGGUCGUCUCAAGAACUGGAGGUGCUGGAGAUGUGUCGGACACCACGAGGAGGCGUGGCUCAACGGGCGAAAUACUGAGUGCCCUCAUUGGUCCUUACGGAGCACUGCACGCACUGCAGAACCUUCCUCGGCGUGGCUCGGGUGGCGGCCUGGAGCUGCUGAGCGGACUGUGGCGCUCGCGCACCUUGCUUGGCUCGGACUGGUCGCCAAGCGGUGCACCGCCACAGCCGGUGUCGGUGGCUGGCCGCUUCAAGCUUCAGCGCCAGGCCUGCUCUCUCGAGUCGACCAGUGUCCAGUCGACGUGCUCAUCGGCUGCCGGCAGCGUGUUCAGUAGUCAACGCAGGGGUUCCUUCCCACAGGAGUUCUCCCUCUUUUCCUUCAGCUCGGGAGAGCUCUACUGCUGCGACGAUGGUGGUGGAGGCGACUAAAGGCCACGCUGCACCAGUCCUUGCUGGAGGAAGGAAAAAAUGCCAAGUUCUUCACGUGGCAAAAAUCCCAAUGCCCACACUUUUACAAAGCAGUCAUCCGCAUCAUGUAGGAACAUGAAACAAAAACCAAUAUACAUUAUAUAUACAUAUAUGCAUAUAUAUAUAUGUAUAUAUAUAUACACACACAACAUGAGCAGCAACACACUGCCGAACAUUGAAACACAUCCAAACAGCACCACAUCACUGGCGUGCUGUCACGUGGCAGUACAAAAACUAUGCAAGCGCGGGAGCAACGCGCGUCGCCGCCACUGCCGCCGCCAAGCCAAGUGACUGGCCAGUCAAAGCUAUCAUCUCCGAAGACAGCGUCUUGCCACGAGGGGAUUUCACAACCAAUCAACCAAGCCCAGUUAUCAUUCUGCUACUACUACUAGUGCUACUACUACUGCUACUAGUGUGUGAUGCUCGGAUCGCCGUCAGUGGCAAGACCAGACUCAGUGUGCACGAUAGCUGCUGUGGUGGGUGGGAUCUGUUUGGUUGUCUGCAACAUCCAAAAUCACAGAACGGCAUGGUUCUACCGCACUUUCUGUCUUAGCCCGUGGCGCCGACUUCUAACUGUCGGGCUUGUAGUGGUCACUUGUGUUCUCAUUUCUUUGUGUUUCUUUGUGACGCCAUAUCAGACAAGAGACUGGAGAUCAAGUGUUUUUAGAUCGCAAACUUUUUUUUAAAUUCCUUUUAUCUUUGAAGAUAGUUUUCACAUCCUGCUGCAACUUCCUCGUGUGUGUUUUUUAAUUUUUGUUGGAGUGUGUUUGCACGUCUUCCUUCCUCUUGAAUCCAGAGAGUGUGAUGAGUGUGUGUCCAGUUUUAAUGUGUGUCUUGGUGUGGCCACAUGUGAGCGGUGACGUUGAGCACGUGUGUUGUGUGACCUGAUUUUUUCCCCAUUAAGAUCAACAGGGUGGCCAUGUGCUAUAUUUCGGUGACAAUUACCUUGUACACCAUUGCAAAAUUUUUAUGAUUCGCAGAGAUUGUCGUGCACACUCAAAACAAAACGUUACUGAUGUGAAGUUUUAUGCGAUGAGUGAUUCCGCAUGUCCAGCGGGUUCAGUUGCUGGUGUUUUCAUGGUGCGCAUUGUAAUUAAUCAAGCGUGGGUCAUGUGACUCUAGGAACACAAAUGGCACUUGCACAUCUUGCUUACUUCGGAGAAAUAAGCGCAUGUCACCUUACUUAUGGGUCAUCAGUGAACUUCAUUGGAUUCCUAUCGUUAUUGACUUGUGUGGAGAUAAGUACCUGAGCUUCCGCCAUAAAAUUGAAAUGUCAUACUUCUACAUUGCGACAAAACCCUAUGUGAGGUGUUCAGUAGGUUGAUCAAAUUGAGUGCCUAAUUGCACUAAGUAAAAAAUAUAUCGAUGCAACACAAAAGCAAUUUCACAGGGUGUUUGAAUAUGUGUUGUCUUCGAGUUCUUGUUCUUCUACAUGUAAAAGAGAAGGAAGCAAAAUUCUGUACCAACAUACUAUUACAUAAUCGUGAUUAAGUUGGCAGGAAGAGUAGUCUGCAGUCGGUCAUAAUUUUUAGCAGCCUGAUGCAGUAAAAAGAUUUCACAAUAGUGGUACUGACCUUUCAAUACGAGCACAUCUGUUGCUGUGUUCUGCUCUGGGUUUAAUUCCAUUGCAUCGAAUUUUCCUGAUUGCUCAAAGUGGAAGACCCAUGAAUGCCGAAAAGCUCUGCAAAAUGGUCCUUGGUCCAGUAUUUUCCAUGAUAGUGUUAUUCAAGGUCAUUUUAUUUGGUGUGUUAUUAGUUCGUUUCUGCUUUCGUGCUUUAUUACCUUUGAUUCACCACAGUUUUCAUGUUGUGUUCACCUGAGUUUGUGCAUUCUUACAUUCUGAUGUUUAUUUAGUUUUCUCGGAUGCCUGAAGCAGCUCCUCUGUAGAUGGUAUGGAUUAACGGGUCAUGAAGACUUUGUGUGCAAGUUUCCCGGUAAAAUUGCCAAGUUUGUGUUGGACGUGUAAGCAGAUGAUGAUGUUCCCAUAAAAUUCAGUGUAAUUUGAGGCAACUUGUAGCAAAAUGCAUACGCAUCCUAGUAUUUCAGCUUAAAAACGUUUCUUGGACACAAAAUACAAUUAUGUGUAAAGUGUACGGUUACCUUACAUGCCCGCGAUUGAUGUUCUGGGCUUACGUGAACAACGCUUUCUCUAUGAGCCUAUUCGCAACCUUCUCUGCUUAAAAAAUGCCACCAGUGACGUAGCAAGACGUCUUUCUUCGACGGGAGAGGGCACGCACUUGACUGGGAAUGAGGAGGGUGAAGGGGUUGAAGGGGAGGUGGGUGGGGGGGCGCAUGCAUGGCGUGCCCCCCUCUGGCUACACCACUGCACGCAUCACAGGCUUUCUGGGGAGAAGGGAGGGGUGCAUAGAGACGGCCGUAAUGGGCAACGUUUUCUAUGAACUGCAACUAAGUGCCAUGGACACCUGUACUGACGAAUGCAAGUCACUGGGAGUAAUCUCUUCCCGGGCUACUUGCGCAUGAAGCUUUCCUCAUGACCUGACUGUUUGAGACUUCAUUAAAUGCAAAGCCUACCUCUCUAGAGAACAACAUGCGUCUGUUUUGUCUCCCUUCUUGCCGAUUAGCAUAUUUCACAGAGCUGCACCAGUGGCAGGCUUGUAAAGCUUUUUUGCCUCUCACCUAACGGUGCUUGGAACAAAGCGUGGCAAUCGAGUCUUGCUAUUUGUGUUCUAGCAGUGUUGCUCCAGACAGCCGUUUUGGCCAUAUGCUCGUACAGUAAAUGCUGAGAUGCUGGAAAUACGGAGCUGCGAUUGUCUCUUCAUGAGGCCUGCGUCAAAGAGCUACAGUACUUUUGCAUGCAGAGUCUGCGUCAAAAAUUUAAUACGCUUUAGUACGUGAUGGAGAUGCCACUUCGCCUUGAGCAGCUGUUGGCUUCAGCAGUCAUUUCUUGGAAAAAAAAACAGAUUUGCUGCCAUGAAGACGUUCUUUCUUUUUAAAGCAAAAUUCUAUUGCGGCGAAGGCAGACCUCACGACAAUAUUUGCAAUAAAUGUGUAGACAUACAGCAGAUACUGUUGGAUUUGGGGCUCGCUAGCAUUCUACCCAAACAUGGCAUAAGCUAAAUAGUAUGCAUAUAAAUCUUUCAGGUACAUUUGCCAAACAUGACAUUAGAAAGUUUUCCCAUACACGAUGUCAUUACAAAAAACUUGUCCUGCUUCACACAAACUAGCUGCAAAUUAAAUUUAACUUUUGCUACAUUUUCUUAGGCAAGAAUUAAAUUGCUGGGUUCACCUUUUUCACAUAAGUUUGUCUGCAUGUCGCCUUCCUGCGUUGUGUCGACGGCCACGUCUAGAGCUGUGCUCUAGAGGAGCCAUUUAACGAGGCAACAUUCCUGUUACAACCAUUUUGGUGCUCCGAGCAUUCAUGUAGUAAAUUUAUUAUUAAUUUAGAAACAAUGCGGGGCAUUACAAAAUUAUACAUGUAAAAUGUAUUGGCAAUAAAGGACAAAUUUGCGCCUUUGCUUGUGCAGUGGCACUGAGAGUAACAAGAAAAAAAAAAACACUUGCAAGAAAUAGUGGCAGGUUCCGAGUCUUGACACUGAAACUCUUUGAAAGAUAAUUUUGUAAAAAUCCUAAACAAAGGCUCUUGAUCUGUUAGUAAGCACUAUUACUUCUUCAAAAUGGCCUGCAUUCUUUAUAUGCUGCACUUGCAAAACGCAACCUUUCUUGUCAAAAGCAAUGGACACCAUUCUACACAACUAACACUGCUGGGUACAAUGCCAGAAGCUACAUUUUCAUCUGUAACGACCACAUUGUUAUGACAUCUGAGAUGCAGAAUUUGUUGUCCGCUUAGGUAUAGUGUGUGUCAAAGAACCUCAGGUGGUUAAAUUACCCUGAAAUGGAGCCCCCUCCCACUACCGUAUACCUGAAAACUGAGGAUUAAUCAUGGGAUUUUGAACUCUCUCCAACAAAACAGUGCCUAACGUUUUUGGCACUUCUAAUCAUAAGGAGCUUCCAGCUUACUAGAUGCAUAAAUUUGUGUAGCACACCAUCAUGGUUGGAGGCUGCACUAGGUUUCCUAUUGCAGUUGCUGCUUCUUGAAUCUUUUCUGUUGAUGCAUGGAAAGAUUACGUUGAGAUCUACCAUUAACUGCUAUUUGUUUGGCUUCAUUUUUGUUGCUGUUUCACUUAUCUCCAUUUUUUUUUGUUUGGAACAUGGGUCAUUAAGGCCAAUGCAGAGCCAUAUGUGGUUGGUGCAUGGGUGAGAAUUACGUUCAAACAUGACAUGAAAUUAAGUGUUGAAAUUAAGGGUUUGAUGAAAGUUUGUCUAGUCAAGUGCAUGUUAGAAAAGUGAAAAAUAUGAGGUCACUGACAAAAUCAACAGUUAUUAUUCGACUUGGCUGACAUGUCCUAGUGCACUCACAUUGUCAAAUGGUACAACACAUCAAUUAUCACAAAGAAAAAAUUAUGAUGAGGCUUAUUUUUAAAUCAUUACUAUUACAGGCAACACCUUUUCCUCUCAUCCAGAAGGAUGGUACCAUGCCCGAAAUUUAACUCCACUGACUAUAUUGUGUGCUUUGUAUGUGCUUACAAGUGAUUACAAUACUGUCCACUGCAUUGUGAAAAAGUAACUGCUAUAGGUUUUGGAACAUCAAAUACUAUAUUUGGUCAGUGACCUUAUAUUCAUCAGUCUUUCUUUAUUAUACAAGUAGUGAAGUUGCUUUAAAGCGAUGUUAAGGAGUAAAUCUAAGUUAGGCUAUAUGUGCAGAUUGCACAUCGGAAAUAAUAAGUCACAAGCUCGCUCAGCAAAGCCUUGCUAUUGUAGGAAGGAUCCAAAACCUUGUGAUGGAUGCUUUAAAAUUCUUGCACUGUCACCCUGUGUAUCAUAGGCUUUAACAGUGUUUGUUUGGAAGCAGUUAGCUGCAUAUAAAAAAAAUGAAUGCACUGUAUUCCAAAGUAGGCGAAAGACUCAGUCUGGACAUUUCUCGGUGACUCGUUUGGCAGGCAGGAGUCCCAAAUAUGUGAUAGUAUCAUGGAAUCCAAGAGAUAGCACUGGCAUUGUCGAUGCCUUCCUUGGAGCGUGAAAUUCAAAAAAGAUAAUUUGGACUUCUUAAUUCCUUUUUUUAAUAAUAAAUGGCCUUCCUCAGCCAAGGACAUUCAAAAAGAGGGCAAAAUAACACUCUGUUAUUCUAGUCUUAUUUGCUUUUUCUAUCUUAGUGCUUCUUUAAAUUUAGUAGCUGUAAAACAAGUUCCUCAAACUGACAUCUCUGCGCUGCAGUUAUGGCCCCUUUGCUCACAUGAUUUGAACUGGCAUCUCUGCAUGCUUCGCACAUGCUGCUUCUUUGUGUCUUGUUUCUUGUCUUUUGUAACGAUGUGGUAAACCUUUACUCGCUGAAAUACUGCACUUUUCCCACAUCUUCGAAAACACCUUGUAGCAACCAAGUCACUGGCUUCUCUGCUGGUGAAUUAGCUGCUGCCCACUAAUUUGGGUGCAAAAGAAAGCCUAGUAGUCCUGCUUCUUCAUGCAUACCUACCUUCCCAUAUAAUCUGUCUGCACCUGCAUGCAACCACUAUUACAAAAGCAGGAAUGGGAACUGCACUGCACUGCUGUAAAGCUCCAUCAAGCCAACCAUGAAUGGUAGCACUGCCCUUUGAUUAAAAUGUUCGGUGGACAUUUUCUAAGUUAUGGACUCACGGCAUCGGCUCAAACAUACUGGCGGGAAGAAGUGUUUAUGAAAACCAACCUCUUGUCGUAGAGUCAUCAAGGAACAUUAUUGAAGCUCAUAGUUGCCGUCAGUAGAGAGAGAGAGAGAAUUUCUUUAAUGAAAACUGCAGAGGGUUUUGGGUGGUGAACAUGCUUAGCAUGUGCUACUCCAUACGAAUACGAUCGCAAAUUAAUUUAUACACAUAUGGCCCAUAAGACACCGUACCGAAUUAAAGCAUGUGGUUAAGACCAGCGCCUCACAGAAAUGUUAAAAGCGCCAUCAUCAGUCAAGAGGCUGGCGCUGUGCUCGACACAAAAGAGCAUCGAAUCUAUGCCUGUUUGUGAGUCUGCAUUUUAGGUUAGGUUACUAGUAUGGCCUCGUGCAGACUACAGUUCGUGCGCAAACUUUCUGCAACGAUAAAAAAAAAUAUUUGGGACAUAAUGGUACAGCACGCAUUUCCGGGACAGGGGAUGUAAUUGUAUUUCCAGGGGUGUAAAUCAACGUUGCUUUGUAAUGCGAAAGGGGGGCGAUGUGGGGGGACUUAUUUGAUGGCCCAGGAAUUUGUAAAUGAAGUAUUGCAUUACGAUUUUUCUUUUGUUUUACGUAUUUCUUGCGCCCAAAUUGUUACAGUAUUCUAUAGCAAGGCGCACACUUACUUGUAGUAUUGGAGAAGCAAAAUACAUGCAGUUUAUAGUAAGCGUACAUGCUUAAUAUAGAAAACGGCAAUAUGACCUGCGGGCUAUGAUAGCAUGAAAGUCCUACAACAAAACGUUAAUGUGGUAUACAAGUGCAACUCCAAAACGAGAAAGAGAUUUGCAGGAAGGUGGAGAUUUAUGGUCGCUGGAGUCAGCGAUUCGACGAGUCGGCUUGUCAAAGUGUUAGCUUCACAGACAUUCCUUGUUCUGCUGCUGUUAAUAAUAGUAAUCUGUCAAGCGAGUUGGUACAUAGUAUUUCGUAAGGAUAUGCCAGCAAACACAAAGGAUUAAAAAAAAUGAUCAGGCAAGACAGAGAGAAAGGAAUAGGAAGAGUGCUAUACUAUAACCUUUCCUGUUAAGAAGUAAAAUAAGAAUAUGAAGAAAAAGGCAUAUAGAAAUGUAUUAAGAACGUAAAGAAGAAAAAAUACGAUGGUUAGCGGCGUUUGCAGCAUUGUCUGUUUUACAUCGAUAAAAAGAUAAAUUGAAAAAGUUGUUUCGCUCUCUCUCCUCUUCGCCUUCUUUGCAGGUUUCAUUCUCUUUCUGACGUUACCGGAACACUGUUAUUCGGUUCUGCGCCGAUUCUCUGAUAGCUUCUGUGCGGCUUCAACUGUCCUCGAAUUACUCCUUCGAGACUUAACUGCGUCAAUUAGCAUUGUCUCACAUCGUUGAAUAUUUGCAUUUCAAGUAGCUGUGGACGUUCGACUUUCUCCAUUCCAAGUCUCUGUUUUUCUUACCGUUCUCCCGUGUCGCCAAUCUAAACUUGACGAAAUCGCUGUGUUGGCAAUUGAACGCCACUUUUCGUCACUUAAUUGCUCUAAAGUCUCAAGUCUGACCCGGUUACCUAGAUAUUAGGUGCUUACUGCGGAAAAAUUGCGGUUGGGUGUUGGCAAAUGUGCGAAACUAGGCGUGUAAAGAUUAUAGCGACAACUAGAAUGCGGCUUUAGCCACUGGCUUGAAAGCUUCAACUAAAACGUCCCAACGGAACGCGACGCGCGGUCCACUACACCGAUAUGCGCCUGCGUGGGACCAGCAUCUGCGCAUGCUCAAGGGCAUGAGCGCACGUACGUCGCUGUACAGAUUGCAAACGAGAAAUGGCAGAAGGUUUUAAUAGGUCAGCACUGAGGCGCCGUCAUGUCCCCGUAUUUCCUAGACCUCAAGGUAAUUGCAUGAAGACGAACGUUCAUUUAAAGAGCCCGAGCGAGAAUGUUCGAAGAAAUGUCUGGGGUGCAAUCUUUCAUUUCGUGCGGAUGCUUUGUAUUGCCUCAGAAAGCCGAGAAAAUGCAGCUCGGCCCUGUAGCUGACUGUGCCAGCUUCUUCAAGGAUUGCCAACCAGAUUCAUUUGCUUUGCCGUAUCCUUUAACAACUUGUUUGUGCAAUUCGCUGGGCCGAUGUUCAAGUGCAUCUGUUGUAGGGUUGUAGGGGUUCCGCGUUUGAUCACUACAAAGCAAGAAAGAAGGAACCACAGGGGUUGAAACCCAGCAACAAGUGAGAUAGUGCUGUUUUCCGAUAUGAGAGGGGAAUGCCUGUUUAUACAAGCAUAGAAAUGUGCGAGAGGUUGUGAAUGCGAGCGUGACUGAUUAGCUUAUGUGUGCUACCUUUACGCUAGCGUGUUCGCGUUUUCGUGCUCGUGUCGACUUCAGAACAGUGUCUCUUGGGACCCUUCAACCUACUCGAGGCCACAUUCAAACACUUUCAUCUGAUGGAGCACCUCGUCCCGACCAGUAGAGCUGGAGGCUUCAAAGUCGACGCAUGUGCGCAUAAAACAAGGGUCACAUUACAAAGUAUAUAUAACAUGUAAAACUUCAUUUACUCUGAUAUCAAUCAAUUUUUCCUUUUACCUGAGCUCAGUAAACUCAGCCUCCAAGGAAAGAACUGAAUAGGGAAUCUGACUACUUAGCAAUUUUUAAAAAUAAGAUUAUCAUUCACCCGAAUGUAGCACGAAGCUAGAAAGUAAACCCGUUACGGUAAUCACAGAAAAAAAAAAGAGCUUGUAGCCGGAAGAAAAAUUUGUCCUGGUCAGGUACUCGAACCCGGGACCAACACCUUUCCUGGGCAGUUUCUCUAUCACCUGGUCGAGUAAAAUUGUCCACAGCGUUUCCUGCAGUUUCAUUGAGUAACAUGUCGCAAAUGCUUCUUAGCGUAAGUCAAUUGCCCCCGCCUUGGUAGCACCUUCUCGCCAUUUAAGCUUUCUCUUCAGUCAUGCUUGGACAGUCUCGUGCAACUGUUAUAAUAUUCGAGCAGUACGACACGGCGAAAAUUUUGAUGUUGCGUCCACUCGGUUGGGGCAGCUCGAACUCGCGCCGUACACUUUCGCAGCCCGUACGCUUUUGUAACUUCGUUACAACACAGUUUUCGGUCGGCUUUGUACAUCGCAGGUGUGGACGCGUUGAUUUUCGCGAAAUCGACGAAUUGAUCGACCAUUGCAAAAAAAAAAAAGUAUACGCACGCAAGUGGAAAAUAAAUUUUGGGUAGUCCCACAACAGAAUAAUAACUCCUCUACAGCAAACAUCUUUAAACCCAAUUAUGUGGACAUAAUCAUGUUACAAAGCAAGUUUCUAUUCCUUGCGCCACUGCAAAUUUUUUUUUCUAUAUUGUUCGAAAUUCUUGCGAACGGACGGAAAGGUUCAGCCUACUUCCUAGCUUAACUGUUUUUCAUUGUUAAAAAAUAAUUAGUGGUAAAAUUUAUUCAAGCAGUGAUUAGUUCACCAGCUAUUGCCGUUACCGUACGUGUGCCGCUGACGUGUUGCAGGGCUUCUUCGGUUAUGUCAAAAACUCUAACGUCAGCGGGAACGCAUGGGACACUUCCACGCGUUGAACGCCAAACCUUGCUUCCCAUCUUCCCUCAUGUUAUCAUUUCAAGAUAACAUGAGGGAACAGUCACCGUUCUCACUGACAACCCUGCGGGUAACGAAGAAUCAACUUUUGUCCACAAGCUCUAGUGGUCCAGACGACGUGCUUUGUCUACAACUUCUCACCUUUCAUCUUCAAUGACCUGCUGAACUUCGCUUUCUAACCGGCGGUGUGAAUGUGUCGGUAGUCCGUGUUUAGCGUUUCUUACCCCGCGCGUAGAUACGCUUUCUGAACACACAGACAAUUCAGUAGAGCUACUGAGAGGGGAAAAAAAUUAAGACACUCGCACAUACGUCACAACACAUACGUCACAACACAUACGUCACAACACAUACGUCACAAGUUUCGUUUCCACGCGAACCACUCAGCGCGCCGGCGUGUUGGUCGCGGUGUGCGUCUGAGAUCACGUGGCCGGUCGUCAAACUGAGACUACAGUCAGAAUCUUAAACGUUGUGCCGUACGCUUUUUAUCCCGCUUCUCUCUCCGAUCGUCUAUCCAUUGUACAAGAGCAACCCUGACUUUUACCCGUUCGUGUCAUGUCCGUAGACACGUCGUUAUGUUUCCUGCUCGUUAUUUCCCACCUCGUAUGUUCCUUGAACGAUGGGCUAUUCGCAGAAUGAAAACGAAGAUGAGUGCAUGAGUUGCUCUGUUUGCUGAUGUUGAGGUGAUCUCCGUUCCUUGUGUCCUUUUGGAUUCCACUGAAGAAAAAAGAAAGGCAAUGAAAGCAAAAGGCCAAGGAGAGACAGAAAGGUUCUAAUCGAAGGGGACGACUUGUUUUUUUUUUUUUUUUGUUCUUACUGUAAACAUCCUUGCGGUGGAUUCAGAAAACGCCAAUACUAAGGGAAAUCCAAAGGACAAGAUGGGCGCUUACUUAUAAAAGCCAUAACAGGGUUAGAGCGGCGGAACUAGAUCGGCCCCCGUGGGCAUUUUCAGUUCCUUGUUAAACUUUACUGCCAUUUGCGGUGACGUGUGAAAAUUGGGGCUUGCUAAAGGUUUGGGAAAGAGAAGCCGGGAGGGGGAGGUGUAAUGCUGAUCCGGGCCGUGGACAGCUCUUGCCGUGGUCACCAUAACAUGCUCGUUCGGGGCGCAUGUCUCGACUAUUUCUCCGUCGUCACUCGGCCGUUUGCACGGUAUCUAUUUCUUCAAAAGACUGACGAAGCCAAAUACUGCUUAAGCUUCGUUGUUCUCACGCUAACUUAAGUCUGAUGUCACCGAAUCAACGCUGGGGCUACUUGAAACGCCAGUGUGCCGUAUUGAUUUCAGCCGCUCUGGGGAAAUCAAUCGAAAAGUAAUUAUAAUCCCGAGUCUCAACCGUCCGUCUUCUUAUUAACUUCAAGUGUCAGUAGUGAAAAUUGCGCUCGGUGCUUUUUCCUGUUAGCUUGUCGUUUGUUGCAGAGUCGCUUAUAGCAAUUUCGUCGCUCCCAUCGCAAGUACCAUGUGCUAAUCCUUUCUCUCGUUGAAACAAUACGUGAAUACGCCGCUAUCAGUGCGUCAAAAGAAUAGCAGUGCAUAGUCGGAAGUCAACCCUGGGCAGGACGAAAACUGGGAGAAUCGUACUCAUUGAAUGAUAGACUGAGUUUACCGCGCACAUCAACACGUACACGGUAAGAGAAACACGGCAUUGGAACGCUUGGGUCAAUUUUGACCACCCGGAAUCCGAUAACACGGGCCAGUACCUCAAACCCUGCUAAGAUUAGGAUCGCCUGAUAUCCUACGUUGUCCUGCUAUCGUACGUCGUCCCCUUCGAGAAGAAUCCCCUGCUUAUCUCGUGCGGUUUCAAAGUCAGCGCACCACCAAACACCGAGUUACGGUCAUGCAACUAAUCACGUGAUUGGAGUGAGAACUGUUCACAUUUGAGAGUAACUUUCACAUCGCUGUUUGUAAGCAAUUGAGCCCUCGCCCUCCUUCCCUAUUAAGAAAUAAGGAAAGUGUGCUUCGUGAACAUUGAGGCAAGUGGUAAGAUGCCGUCUGGUCUUGUCCGCAACCGCAUUACGUAUCCUUAAUUCUUCGUUGGUAAGCCCGCGUCAACGACAUCCCAUCAAUCGUAUGCCUACAUGAUAUCCGUAACGCCCGUCUGAAAAAAAAAAAACGCACAUUUGUCUUCGAUAGCUACCGCCAUAACAAACCUGAAUCGGGACAAGGUCCAACGUACAACCUGGACAAGUCAUUUUCUUUGUUUUUAAUUACGACCGUCGCCCUUUCUUCCUUAUAGACUGAUCUGACCCCGUCGAAGAGCUUCAUUCUGUACGCUCGGCCCAGAACGUGCGGUGUACGGUCAAUACUUCCAUUUUUCGCUGGUCUUUCUACAGAAGAUUCAGAGUCGCUUCAGCCAUAUUUGCCGAUUAACUUUUUUAACUCUGUGAUAACACGUCAGAUAAAGCUCACAAACUUAUCCAUCCUCUGCGCUCAUGAGAGGCGAUUAGGUUCUUUUUUUUUAAGUCACAUGGGAGAACAGCUUAGUUUGGGGAAUCGCUCAAAUUUUCUUUAAUGUAUUUUUUUUGUUCGCGUACUUUCACAGAAUGCGGCUCAUUGAUACUCGAGAUGCGUAGACAGUGUACACUUUUUGCCGGAAAGCGUGUAGUUUGCAGUGGUUCAGUUCAUUGCGCUCCUCGAAAAAAACGACAAGAAAAGCCAUGGCUUUUGAUACUCGAGUUUGACCUGUUCAAAUUCACGCUUAAUUUCAAUGCAAAUAUCUACAUAACGUCCUAAUUGAACUCUAUAGAAAGCGUACUGAACGUCAGCUGAUGUAUUAGUAACGAAAUGGGCACACGCAAAGUGAAGCUAGAAGCCUCAUGGGGCAAAAUGUUGGCAUCCAUCUUAGUGCCAACGUUGUAGCAGCGCAAAUCUUUUCGAAUCAUGAGCGAUUAUUUUGCGCCGCACCGUCAGCUAAUGCUUAGUCUUCAUUUUGGGUUUUAAAAUACCGCACGAACAGCAGUGACACUGGGCGUUCUUUUGUCAACACAACUCGAAGUGUUCUAGAAGAACAUCUGGGCGUCCUUUCAUCAACACGACUUAAGUGGCUCCAAAGGCUGCAUUUAGUCGGCGCUACCUACUUCUUUACAAUUGCACGUCGCGCCUGUAAGCAUAAUAACCAUGACUUACGACUAUUAGAUUGUAAUGUGAGGCAUGCAAUGCAUGUGAACGAAUGCUGACGCAACAUUGGAAGUAGCUGCUUGAAUUCUAUGUACGCAUUUUGUUGGUCCCAAAAUUAGCCGUCACAUCAGGAAAAUGGCGAGCUCAUUCUCUGUGUUCACGCGAGUUAUUGCAAGAAAAUUGACAUGAAACAGUUGUGCACACUGAUUUAUUUGUCUUUGUUGUUCAACGUUGACCUCUCGCGAGUCAUGAGGCCAGGCCAUUCUUGUCUUUCAGGUUUAAGCACCUCGUGUUCUUGAAACGAAGAUUUGUGGCAAGAACUGGAAUGUUAGUCUAAAACUGAGUCACUACAGGCUACUUGCUCACUGGAGAAUCUUCCGUAACUUCGCCACUGGCUGUCUUCCACGUGCAUAAUUUUCUUUCGUUUGCAUUGCUAAUACUGCCACUUUUCGGUGCAGACAGCCGUACUUAUCAACAACACAACGAAUUUCCAUUGGUAUUUUGCCCUAUCAAACAUAAUGACUGGAAAGAGAGUGCUUUGUUAUCUUUGCUCUUUCCUUUCUGAUUGCUCAUGCUUUCACAUAGUGCAUCACGUGUAGAUAGACCACAGGCUAGUUUUUUUUUUCUUGCGUGGCUACCACGGGUCAGCUACUUAAUGCAGACUUUGUUGACUGCGGUCGUCAUGCUGAGAAUGACGUCUCUUUUUCGAUCACGUUGUUAAUGUUUUUAGAACGUGUCAUCAUUGAACGGCAUAUUUCACCACACUAUGCUUUUUAGUGCAACUUGCAAGCCGCCCUAUAGCGACAACGAUUUUUGUUCGGCUUUUGUGGUUUGCCGCGGUUGACUUGAUUUAGUUGGGCCGCCUUGAAGUCCAUUUCACCGUGGUUUCUUUAUAUUCAAAAUUGAACUUGGGUUGUUAAAAGGGGAAUUCAAAGCUUGGGCUUACAUGAAGAAAGCGUGCCUUAUUUGGUAAGAGUCUGAUAUUUUGAGGUCAUUGGUCUUUAGCCUGAUCAGAAGUCUCGCGCUUUAUUGACAAUACUUUGAAAGGAAGCAGCGUGAUAGGCACCUCACUCUCAAAUCGGAGGUUAAAAUGAGAUAGGAGGCCUCGUCAUUGUGGUUUGUUUUUCGGUGAGGUGUAUCUAAUCGAUGCAUCAUAAUGAUAACAUUUUAUAUAUAAAAAAACAUUAAGGGCACCCAUAUACCUGGAAGGUGCAGUGACAUGAUGAUAUCGUGAAUCUAGAGAAACCGAGGCUGCCGAUCACACGUACAAUGCACACAUUCGUUAUAAUGCUCCAAGCAACUAUGGAGGGUUUAUUUCUACUCUUCCUGGUUUCAGAUGCACAAACCUGCGUCUUAUGAUUCGCUUCACAUCAUCGUAUGCAGUUUGAAGGAAAAGCACUUAAAGCUUUUCUACUGAUGGCGCACGUUUCUCUGAGAAAAGUUAAUCGCGGCAUACCAACUGCGUUUUAACUUAUAAGAACACCUCUUAGUGGUGUCUUGCGCUUGAGUGGGUAAAAUACACGGUUGUCAGAAUACACGAGGGCUUCGGAAAGGCUAGAGGCAGACGCGGACACCGGUUUGGAUAAGCAGCAGCGGCGUACUUUGAGACGUCAUGUGACGGCGAAACGUAAAGGCUGCGGUACAAGACCGAGGCUAAUGACAGCCAACGCGGACCGACUGUGGUUGCUUUAAUUUUUGAAUUUUCUUUCUGUGUAUUUGUCAGAGUCACGGUGCGUAUUAACAUUCCAUCACAUGUCAUGGCUGCGGAGUUUUGUAGAUUUUGGAUGCUUGGGGAACUCUUGUACUAUAGACCCCUCCCCCCCCCCCCCUCCCCAUGCCGUCGACCCACGAUUCCUUCGAUGUAACCUUUCCACUUUGACGGUGUCCCGCAGUUCACUCGCUCGCAGUUGUGUGUGGUGUUCAUUCUGAUAAGCAUCUGAUUGCCGAUGUUCGCGUUUCUUGGGAAGCAUAUACACGUGUACACGUAGAAAGCCUUUCGUUCGUUUGUCGUGUGUUCGGAAUUUCUGAAGAGUGAGAGUGUUCGUUUAUGUGAGAGAAAAAAAAAACCACACACACACAAAAACCGGAAAAACAAAUCAUAAGUUCACGCGUCUUGUCCGUACGUUCUGUGGUUCGAUUCCUUUCAUGGCGUGGUCGCUGUGUGUAGUAGUUUGUUGUGUACAAGUGUAGGGACAUGUGCUACAUUGCUCAAUUUUGAACGCGGUGCGGGCGCCCGCCGGGGAGUAUGCACAAAAUGUACCGCGCGAUGGGUAUUCCAGGUGGCCCCGUGACAAACGCGGAUCACUGUGACCUUCACCUUGCCCCCGGAAGGUGGCGCGGCGAAUGUUACCACGUGUCGCUUGGCUUCCGGUUCGAACAAGUGCGCGUGAAUAUGCGUGACCUCAUCAAUUCUUGCUUUCUUUUGCGUCACAACUGCAGAAAACAUUUAGAACAUCCCGUUUGGUAUUGAGAUUAGUCGCGCCUCUGUUUCCUUGAUGUUUACCCUAGUCUUGUCACGCCAGCACGUCACAUCACGUGACUGCAAAGGUAUGCAAAAGCAGCUGCCGCACAAGGGUCCACAGCGCUAGGGCAUGUGAAUUAUCUUAUCGGCUCGAGAUGUUGGUGAUAGGCAUCGUGUCAGUGCACUAACUUACACGUUGACUUUAAUUGUCAUAUGCACUUGAACAUGCACUUUAUACGUCCGGGAAAUCGCUUCCAGACACGUACAUUGCAAAUAGGUUCAAUUUAUUUAUUACUUUUCUGUUUCAGCCAACCUCCCUUUAAAUUUUGGCCGAGGCAUAAGCUCACAAAGCCUAAUAACUAAAGGUUUGUUCGCGCUUCUCAAUUGGACCUGCUGUGCUGGUGCCACGUACCGCCUCUCUGCAGAUGUCCGCUGUGACGUCAUUUAUGUAGACCGCGCUACACGAGUAAAAGAGCGACACAACGUGGCUCCCGAACCGGAAGUCGGCGAUCACGCGCUUUACUUCUGAGCAUGCAAUUUCCGGCAAAAAAAAAAAAAUUGCUGUCACUGUCGUGCUGUUCAUUUACGCUUGUGCGAAUAGUAUCAUUUCGACCGCUGCUGUCAUAUAUUGUUGUUUGUUUGCUUGUUUGCGUGGAUUUGUUGAAAUUUCUUUUUUUUUACAAAGCGUUAGGCCGUACAGCCUCAGGCUUGUUCGUAUGAACUACUUUCGUUCAAGUAUAUGCAUUGGGUUGGCCACAAACAACGACUUCCUUCUGGUACUGUCACCGUUGUGUUCCAUCACAGGCUUUUAAUUCAAACCGAUUUAAUUCAAGAAUAUUGUAUGCAUCUCAAUGGCGUUUUGAGGUUAAGUAAAAGAACGCCUGGACAUUAAAUUAUACGAUGCAAAUAAGAUAGCCUUUUUACUGCAAGUAAGAAGGAUCGCAAGCAUGAGUCUAAUCUAAUUUAAACUGUACCGCGUUAAUUUCACUGUAGACAAUCUCUAGGUUUGAACUGUCCGCUUACGUUGCAUAUACAUAGCUACGUGCUGCUUUGGAUUGCACCAAAGUUUUCUUUUGUAAGGCUACAAUGCCACGCAAAGCAAUAACGAACGUUGAAUAGGCAAUUUGAGCAUCGCUGCCGAGAUUAACAAUGUCUUAGGUUCAUCUUAAAGAUGAAGAGCACAAAAACGAACUCUAGGGAGGCGUGUUUAUGAAGCAAAGCAAAACCAAACAAAGAGAAAGCAGGAGAAGCGAAUACUGACAAUGGGACAAUUCAGUGCGGUGAACGUACAAUUCACAAUAACUUACAAAAGAAUAUUCUCUUGGCUGGUGGCCGACGCCUAGGCAACGAUGUUCGACCAGUCCCCGAAUAACUCGCGGGACCUUUCAAUAAAGUUAUUAUGUUUCUUUUUCUUCUUCUUCGCGCAGAUAUCCUGGCAUUCCGCGUUGAACACGAAAUGCGACUGGCGUUCUGUUGCGUGAGCUCGACACAAAUGGGGGUGGUGUAAGGUGCCGUACGUGGUGCCCUGUAGAGCCCAGAAAGAGGCCGACAUUUGUGAAGCGAUUGAAGACUUUCGUGGGCCCCACCGUUAAAACCGUUAAACGCGUUAUCUCUUCUUUCUUUUCUUUUUUGUUUUCUUGCGCGUCUUGUUAGAGCCAGUAAUCCUAACCAUAAACAGACCAAGGAAGGUGCGGUGAAUAACUCAUUAGAUGGACAACAUGGCUUGCUUGCAGUGUGUGACCAAUCAAGAUGUUUGACUUGUCGGAGAGCAUAAAAGCGUGCCGCUUGGUAAUCACCAAAGCAAGAUGUGUAAAAAAAUAUACAUGUGUUUCAGCAGCGCUAGAGGUACCCAGAAGAUUGCUCUAUAACAAACGAAAAAAAAAAAUGUACAAGGCAAACACAGAUUAAGAAGACGAGUGCUUAUUUAUUUCCGUCACGUGAAAAAAGCUCCCGCCAAAUAUAAUUGAACACUGUCUUUGCACAAAGCAACGCUGUCGUGCGGCUGACGAAGCUACAUUUCACAACGCGUGACUCUUGUCCACUCUACAGAUUUUUUUUUUUCUGUGAAUUGUUUGUUCUAGACACGUGUUCUGAUGUUUCAAAAGGGUAUAACGACGGUGGUGCAUUUCAUUACUUGAUAAUGCGUAAAAAAAAAAAGUCGAGAUGUCAAUAAAACGAGUGACGUGUAGAAA